UUUGAGACCGUUUUGUCCCUUACUUGUUUCCGACUGCACCAAUGCGGCCCUUUGUGCUUAUUUCUUCAGCACAGCACAAACACUUGGGUACUCUUUUCGGUCGUGCAUGUUGGUCUAAUGUGUUGUCUUCAAUUCACCUCUUGCCAUGACUUAACGCAACUUUUAUGACAAAUCGUCAUUACGUAAUAUCCCGUUCAAUGGUGCACGGGAACGUUUUUCAGUCAUGCAUGGCAGUCUAUCCUGUCCUUACAUAAAUAUUCUCAUAGCGAGAUGAAGCAGGUGAAGUGAGUCGCUGACAUAUGUUUGAAAAGUACAGCGUGGGCUCCCCUCUCCCCAUCCCUCAUCCCUCAACGGCCGUCUCUCAAAUCAACCGAGCUCAGCAUCAGCUACAAGACGACUCCUUGUUUAAAGCCCCGCGGCAAUGAAAUGCCUUGAACGUUCGGAAAAGAGCAGGCCAGUGCCAUUCAAUUUACACCUGGUGAUCACCAGAGCUUGUGCUGGGUGUUGUAUUGAGAGUUUGUGUUGCCUUCAGACGGGUGUAUCUGGAGGCUGGAGGAACUACGAAAGGGCUUGCAUUUAAUGUCCUGUCAUUUGCCUUUGUGCUUCACGUGUGGGGAAGGCGGCAACGCGGAAAAAAAAUGUUGGAGAAUGGUGACAUCUGGUGUUGUAUCGCCGUUUUUAUAGAGUUUUCCUAAUUGAACAACCGGAGUGAACAAAGAAGGCUGCCCCAGUGCCGCCGCUUCUCACGUUCCUCCAAACGUUUAAUUACGCGAAACGUACAAAAGUGUAGAACUCACGUGUGUCGCGUUUGGGCAACAGGUGGUGCUCCGUGACUAUCAUGGUCAUGUUGUGGUACGGUGAGCUGUGCACUGACGCGAAUGACAGCACCGACUGCUGGCACCUCUCUCUGCUGGUGCUGACCUCUCCCGCGCCGGUGCUGAUCUGUUCGGUGACUGCGCCGCGUCAGCGUGAUUCGGGCCGACCGGCGGCGGCGGGGGUUUGCACCAGCUGUCUGCAGCAGCCGCCGUCACUGGCGACCGGUCGCGCUUCAGUGCAGGUCGGACCGCCGCGCAAGCGCCCGAAGCAAAACUCCGCCAUGAUGUUCGGAAACACCUGCAAGCUGAUGAUGAAGGCUCGCUGCCCGUUCUUGAGGAUGUUCCCGCAGAACUACGUGCAGAGCUAUGGUGCCAGCCUGAUAUUCUCCUACGGCUCCAGCUGCCCUGUGGUGUCAAAGAAGAUGAGCGCCAUUGCUGCAGAACCAGCUUUUGACUACGAGCGCUUCUUUGCUGACCAGAUUCAGAGGAAGAAGGAGGACCAUUCUUACCGAAUCUUCAGAAAGGUGCUCCGAAACGCCGAGCAGUUUCCGGCUGCCAAGGAGUACUCGUUUGGCGAGCGUGACGUCACGGUGUGGUGCAGCAACGACUACCUGGGCAUGUCGCGUCACCCGGCUGUCACUGGCGCCGUGAUGUGA